UGGGUGUACCACAGUAGCCGCUAAUAACGCUACAGAGAAACUUGUUGUUGGAAAGAACGUGUGUAUUUUUAAUUUUGUAAUAAUGGGGCUGACUAUUUCCUCACUGUUCGGAAGACUCUUUGGGAAGAAGCAGAUGAGAAUACUUAUGGUGGGUCUGGAUGCUGCGGGUAAAACAACUAUAUUGUACAAAUUAAAACUUGGAGAGAUUGUGACUACCAUCCCCACCAUAGGAUUUAAUGUGGAGACUGUUGAAUACAAGAACAUCUGCUUUACUGUUUGGGAUGUUGGUGGCCAGGACAAGAUUCGUCCUCUUUGGAGACACUACUUCCAAAAUACUCAGGGUCUGAUUUUUGUGGUGGAUAGCAACGACAGAGAGAGAAUAGCUGAAUCUGCUGAUGAACUUUCUAAAAUGCUGCAGGAAGAUGAGCUGAGGGAGGCCGUGCUGCUGGUUUUUUCAAACAAACAGGAUCUUCCAAAUGCUAUGCCAGUCAGCGAGCUCACAGACAAAUUGGGCCUCCAGAGUCUACGCAGCAGAACGUGGUAUGUUCAGGCUACCUGCGCUACACAAGGCACUGGACUCUAUGAAGGACUAGACUGGUUAUCCAAUGAGCUCUCCAAACACUAGUGUCUGUGGACUGGAAAAAAAGAAGUGCAUGGAAACCUUUGAUCUGUCUGUGGACUCUGAACCAGUGUGUAUGAUGGGACUGAAAGUGAUAAAGGAGAUGCUUGAAUCAAAUAGUUCAGUGCCCAUCAACACAUUUUAGCUUUCCUCUUCUGUAGUCUGUUCUCACUUUUAUUUCUACUGCAGUGAUCUUUAUCCUUAGUAGUAAGACAGUUGGGUGGCCUUAUUUUCUCUAGCUCUUCCAGUGUUGAAAAUGUUUAAGGGACUAAAUCAUGCACCGUCAGGUUCUGGGUUUUAGAUUUUGCUUAUUCAUACACCUGGAGUGUCAUAAUGUUAAGGUUAUUUUAAAUUGUGGGGACUGCGAAGCCAAUGGAAGAUGUUACACUCAAGACCAUUCCGAUUUUACCUCCAAUGUUGUUGACAUUUGUGUAGUCAGUUGUUCUAGUUAAACUUUCAUUAAUAGUUGAUUUAACAUGUACGUUUGAACAAAAUAUGACUAAUUGCACCAUGAGGGUAGUUUCUUGCCAUUAUGCCAUAUUUUGCAAUUUUUUUUUCCCCGAGACAGAUUACAACCUUUGCUAGUGCAAGUGUUUUGUCAUGUCAACAUCUCAUUUGUUGACAGCCUAAAAUUUGCUAACACUCCAUCAUAACACUGACAUAGGCAUGUCAUGCAAGAUGGCAUAUGCUGUCAUGAGUGGUCCUUACAAAUUGUCAGCUUCUUUUAACCAGUACUUGUUUUGACAGUGUUCAUAAUAUCCAGUGCUGGCUUUAAUGGUAAUUAUUGGUGUCGUACAUCCUUAAGGUCCAGUACUGCUUUUAUAUAAGUUGCUAAGUAAGAAUUGCAGCGUACUCAAUAAUCAAACUGUGAUUUGUGUACAUCCUUGAAAAUGAGACCACCUUUGUUCUAAAACAGCACAUUUCCCAAAGUCCACUAUGGUUAUAGAUGUAGCCGCUUUUGCACCAAACACCCACACAAAAUCAUAUCUAGCAUAUUGUCAUCCACUGUAGAAGCUGAGGAUCAAAUGACCCAAGAGAGUGGCUGGGUUACAUCCGAUCUUUUAUGCACAUUCCUUUAUUAUCAAACAUGCUGAUUUGACUCACAAAUUUAAAAGCUACAUUCUUUAAAAUUGAGUAUAUAUCUUCACAUGAAAAGAAUUAAGCAGUAUCAUACAUGCACUCAAAAUGUAAGAUUUGUAAGAUUGGCUUUGUGAUUUAAGUAUUUCCCGUGUGUUUGUUUCCUUUAUUGUAUCCAGAACGUCUCUGUUGUCUAUAUUACCAGCCUCUGGAGUUUGCUGUUGACAUUUGAGAUAUUUUUGUGACUGAUCCCUGUUGUUUAAAUGUAUUUGGAUUGUUUCCCUUAGCAUGUUAAACAGAAACGUUUUAAUUUGACCAGGUUAUCAGUUGUGUAUAUUGUUGGGUAUUUUUAAAAUAAAGAUAUUACAAUGUCCUGACUAUUACAACUUAAA